ACGUCUUGACGUGUCACCGGGAGGAUGAGGGAAGUUUCGAUCUUGAAACGUCUGUAGUUUGAAACAGGCUUCAUGCUUCGCAUUUAGUCUUUAGUCUUUAGUCUUUUCGUCAGGAAUCAUGUCCUCGCUGCAGAGCGGCGGCAGGUCAACAUGCAGUGGAGGAGACACAUGAGCGGCUUCGCCUUCAGCUUCGUUUUUGUUGUGUCUCAUUUCACCAAUAAGUUCGUCCUGUCUGUCUUAAAUUUCACGUAUCCAACCUUAUUCCAAGGAUGGCAGACAUUUAUUGGGGCUGUUCUUCUUCUCCUCUUUGGGAAGUUGGGAUGGGUGGAGAUGAGCCGCAUCACCAGAUCAGCAGCUCUGCCGUGGCUCCCAGCCUCCCUUCUGUUUGUAGGAAACAUAUAUGCUGGUUCCAGGGCUUUAUCACGCAUCGACAUCCCUUAUUUCUUCACUCUUCAGAAUUCAUCUCAUGUUGUCAGUUACUUAAUUCUGAAGGUUGUCCAUAGAGAGAAGAUGCAGUGGCUGAAAUUUAUCAGCAUAUGUCUCAUGCUGCUUUCAGCCAUCAACCUCCCCCUCUAUGUUCCUCAGUUUGACUCCAGAGGUUACCUGUGGGCUGUUGGUCAUCUGUUCUGUGUUGGUGCAUACAGGGUGUUUCAAGUUCACUACAAGCCCAGUAAUUUGGGUGACCUUGAACAACAGUGCAUCAACUACUUGUUCAGCAUGCUGCUGCUGGCUGUGGCUGCUCAUCCAACAGGUGACCUCAUUGGAGCCAUGGAGUUCCCCUCCCUUCAGUCUCACACAUUUCACUGUGGUUGCUGUGCCAGUGCACUGCUGGGGUUCUUUUUGCUGUUGGCCACAGUCAAACUGAAAAGUGGCUUGUCCCUGGAGCACUUUGGGAUCUGGAUUUUUUUGUCAAAGGUUACUGCGAUGUCCCUCUCCCCAUUCAUUUUCUCCAUGGACAUUAAUGUUCCAUCUUUGAUGUGUGUGGUCAUCAGCCAUGUUGGCGAGGCCCUGCUGGUGUAUUCGGACAGAGAACCUCGGUUGUGAUGAACCACAAUGUGCACUGCAUGAAGAGAUUUUUUUUUCUAGAAAUUUAAAAGAAAAUAUUUUUCUAAUCUUUUCUGUGUACUCUGAUAAC